AUGCCAUCCGCCGUAUCCCACGUAUUUGGACUCACAGAGCUGCAGGACUGCAUUUUUGAAUAUUUGGACAAGGGCGAACAAGCUAAAUGCGCGUGUGUCUGCAAGGGUUGGACGAAUGCGGCUGUAUAUCGUUUAUGGAAUGAGAUGGACUCUGUCGUCCCGCUGCUGCGAGUUCUAGGAGAGUUUAUGGCGGAUGGGCGGGCUUUAUCCGUCGGUUUGGUUCGCAAGACGGCCAGAACUACAAGUUAUUCAUUGACAUUUUCCGGCGAGCCAAGUGAUGAACGUUGGGCGAGGUUUCAUCUCUAUGCAGCGUUGAUAAGCACACUUCGGCUUUCGAACUAUUCCAACUAUGAUUGCGUCCCUCUCUUUACUCGCACUUCUCCUGUGCAAUUUGGACGUGCCGUACUACGAAUAAUUAGCAACGGGCAGACACAUCCGCGACUCCUACCCAACGUCGUAAACCUUCAUGUCGACGCGUCGGUCGAUGCCUCUGUAUUUUCACUUGCGACUUUACUAUUUGGACAAUUAAAGGGCUUAGAGCUGGUUGUCGAUGUCACGCCGCAUAAGUCUGUGUCUUGGACGCCUCUUAAGCGGUUCCUUACAAAUAUCUUAUCACUAUCGCCCGACCUUCAGUGCUUCAGUGUUAAGGCAACACCAGGGGCAGCGUCAAGAUGGCAUGGCAAGAGUCUUACGCAUCAUUCGGAACUUGACCAGAUAAUACGAGAUUAUCUUUUGCAUAUGCGAACAUCGUUGAUAACGGUGAAGGUGAACAGUACAUUAUUCACCCCGGAACUUUUUGACAUGUUGUCAAACUUUCCGUGUAUCCGCUCCAUUCAAAAUUCUGGUCGUCGUGCAUACCAUACUCCCAAACCAUUACAGAUAUCUUCGCGGAUAGCGGACGGCGCGUUCCCCGCACUGAAGAGUUUAUUCCUGCCUAUAGAAGCAAAUUCUGGAAUCACUGUAUUCGCCAUGCUAGGGCAUACACUCGAAAACUUGACCUCACUUUCGGUUGUCUGUCUUGAUUAUCUCAGUUCACUGAAGUGUCAUGGUCUGAUUGUUGCGAUAUCUCAAUCCUGUCCGUCACUCUUGUCACUCGAGGUCGUAGCGUGCACCUCUAGGAACGCCAUUGGAGGUCAUACGAACGCAACGGCCCAAUGGUGGGAGGACAAUAGUGGUCCCGCUAGCCGCGAAAGGAGAAUGGAUUGUUUGUCUCUUGCACCAUUGUUUGAGCUUCGUAGCCUGAAGGAACUCACACUUCAACUCGACUUUGUUCUUCCAAUAACUGACUUGGAACUAGAGCAAGCAUUGUCGCGUCGAAGGAUUCCGUUCGAUGUCUUACAGCUCUCGUGGACUCCAAGGCGAUUUGAUAUAGACCGCCCAAACCUGACACUCAAGGCACUCGACAUUAUCGCUCAUCAUUGUCCAACCAUCAGGAUACUAUCGAUUCUCAUAAUGGUCGAAGACACAUCUUUUGUGCCGUGCUCGUCAUUCAGAUGCCUAGAAGAGCUGAACAUGGGACUGUCCAUAAUGCCACCUCAUCUACUCAACCAAACAGCGGCAAUACUUUGCAAACUCUUUCGCGAUUGCCUUCCAGAGUUCUCCGCAAGUCAACAUACGGGCCACUUCGACAAGUGUCAGAUUGACGCCGAACGAGGCAGAGGAGUGCUGGAAAACUAUAAGAAAUGGGAGAAAGUGAUUCGUAUCGUCAACAAGUCAAAAGGUGUGGUGAAUGGUCGUGAAUUGUGCCGCUUUGCUCGUUCGGAACGUCGAUUGUUUUAUCCAAGUGCCGAAAAUCGGAUCCCUGGUGCCUAA